AUGCCGGAGAAUAUGCACGACGUGGAUGCCCCCCUCCUGUACGCUACCGCAAGUACGGAGAUGGAGUCAGAUAUAUUGUCCGGUACACGGCCGUCGUCUUCCCUGCCUCGACAAGAAUGGCCACGACUACUGUCCCCAUCCCACGCGUCUCCAGUCGCCGCUGCCGGCCCCUCACACCAAACAAACCAGCGAUACGUCUCCGAAGAUCAAGCAACCGCAUACGGUGCCACGGCCCUGCGCCAGCUGAACGGUUCCCCGAGACCUCAGUCACGCCCUGUCCGAGUUGAUAACCCCCCUGCGCGGCGCUCGUCGACACUCGCUACGCGCCCCGUGCUUGUCAGGGCGUAUUCGGGCGAUGUCCAGGACAGAACUACACGACCGCUUGCUAUGUCCGCACGUCGAUUUCUCUCAUUCUCCAGCUCGAGGAGCCGAACUCCUCGUCCGUCCGAGCCAGAUAUCAUAUUUCCGUCCGAUAAGGACUUCAGUAUCGAGAACAUACUGCAAGCCAUCGAGCCUGAUAUCCGUGGUACUCUGGACUCCAUUGCUGAGAUCUGUGGAAGGAGCAAGCUGAGUCUUUCCAAUGAGUAUGGAAGUCAUAUUGCGCCGUUGGGUGAGAUUUGUGCUCCGUCGGGUGCACUCGGACCUAAUGAGGAGGCUAGUCCGGUUGAUCCAGCUGGUGAUAUGCACCCGUUCUCGUUUCAUCGGUAUUUAGAAAAUCUGCGGCAGACUGCGUCUAUGCUGGAACAGAAUGGAACAUCAGCCCAAACGACUCAGAGAGGGCUUCCUCCACUAUCUCCAAACAUGGCCACUGAGGCGGAAGCUGUUUCGCCUAUUAGCCCGAAGACCAUAUCCUCAACCCCUUUCACGCGCGAAUUCGCAUCAAGACCCAAACAUAGCGGACGUGAUCUCCUUGCAAAAAAUGCUGCUGGCAAUCGCGAACAGCGACCAUCUCAUAUGGCCACGCCCGCUGUGGUGUCGGAGGUUCAUCUAGAGGCGACUGCAAAUGAUGGAUCCUCCGCUGAAUCCAAUCUUCUUUCGCAAUCUAAUCUGGACGGUGAGGGUUCGCCUGCCGUAGGGAAUUCGGGCCCGGAAAUCAUCCAAUCCCUCCUUGGCUGGCUGAAGUGGACUGCGAGUAUCGCCGGGCCUGAAUCUAGUCCUUCUUUGGAGUCCGCGGAGAGUCGGCUACGAGCCAUGCUUGAUCGUGCAGGGAAUGAGGGUGCGCCCUCGAUUGUCCCUUGA